GUUCAUACCUAAGAACUCAGAGCUCGACGAUUUUUCCCAACUUGGCGGGUAUCAUGCACGAUGCCAAUAUGUUCCCUGGCCCGGACAAUUUGUGCCCAGAGCGGUUCCUCGAGACCGCCGACCCUCGACUUCAAACCUUUGACUUGCCUUUUGGGUGGGGAAAAAGAAUUUGUCCCGGCAUGUAUGUCUUUAAAUUCGCCCUUCAUCGAUGCUUCCCGUAUCCUCUGGGCGUUCGAUAUGCCUGCUAUCGACGUUCGACUGCGCGAUCGCUCCUCGCAGUGGCAGAUUUGUCGAAUUGCUGAACAUGGAGCACGAGGGAGCAAAGAGCAGGAUAUCUGAUUGGCAGUGGUGAGCUUGAUGCCGAGUUUCACUACGGCAAUUUCGAAAACUCCUCCUGCGAACAUGAUGUAUCCAAAUGAAAUACAAGAAGUAUGGAUGCCUUGGAUGGCUG